CUCCCCCCGCGGCGACGUCAUCCGGGUCUGCAACCGCCGGGGCGGCGCGCGCCGCUGCUGCAGUUGCUGCAGGAGGAGGCGGCGGCGCGAGCGCGGGCUAGAGAUGGCGUCUGCUACCGACUCCCGCUAUGGGCAGAAGGAAUCCUCGGACCAGAACUUCGAUUACAUGUUCAAGAUCCUGAUCAUCGGCAACAGCAGUGUGGGGAAAACCUCUUUCCUCUUCCGGUACGCCGACGACUCCUUCACGCCUGCCUUCGUCAGCACUGUGGGCAUCGACUUCAAGGUCAAGACCAUCUACCGAAACGACAAGCGCAUCAAGCUGCAGAUUUGGGACACAGCCGGCCAGGAGCGGUACCGCACCAUCACCACCGCCUACUACCGCGGCGCCAUGGGCUUCAUCCUGAUGUACGACAUCACCAACGAGGAGUCCUUCAACGCCGUGCAGGACUGGUCCACCCAGAUCAAGACCUACUCCUGGGACAACGCCCAGGUCCUGCUGGUGGGGAACAAGUGUGACAUGGAGGACGAACGCGUUGUCUCCUCGGAGAAAGGCCGCCAGCUCGCCGAGCACCUGGGUUUUGAGUUUUUCGAGGCCAGCGCCAAGGACAACAUCAACGUCAAGCAGACCUUCGAGCGGCUGGUGGACAUCAUCUGUGAGAAGAUGUCAGAGUCACUGGAUACGGCCGACCCGGCGGUCACUGGCGCCAAGCAGGGCCCCCAGCUCACGGACCAGCAGGCCCCCCCGCACCAGGACUGUGCCUGCUAGGGCCAGCCCCCCCCUCUACAUCCCCCAAAAAUCGGUCAGUGCACCCCCCCUCCACCGCUGCUCCCCCCCACUCCCCGAGCCCCUCUUCUUGGGGGUCCCGCAGGGGUUUUUGCUGCUGAUACCUCCGAAAGGGCUGCGGCCCCUCUAGGAGCCUCCCCCCCUUCAGUUAGGCGGUGCCCCCCCCCCUAAUUUAUUUUUAAGCCUGGGCUGGUAGAAAACUCCCCCGUUCUGCUUUUUCUUGCUCCACGAGCCCUGCUCUCCAAGGAAUACUGUUUUCUCUGCUCGCAACCGCUGGCUCCCAUCGCUCCCCUCCCCGCCAGCCCCGUCCCUCUCCAGGGGAAGCGGGGACAGGCCCCCUGCUCGGGUGGGGGGGUGCGAUGGGACGCCAAAACCUCACGUCCUGGCUGAGACUCCCCGUGUCCCCCUCUCCCCAGCCCGGCAGAUGUCCUGCCUAGGGCUCUUUGUGCCCGGCUCUCCUUCCCUGUCCCCCCCCCCCCCCGUGGAUGGAUAUUUCCUAACUCUUGUUUAUUUGUAUAAAUAGAUGCUAAUUUAUGCUCCCGCUGUCUUCCUCCUUGUACAUAAGAAAAAUUCCUUGUAAAUAGGCGUAGGAAGUGACGCUGUGCGCGUGACCUGCAGUGCUGUGGCUGUGUUGGUGCAUUUAUUAUUAUUAUUUUUUUUCCCUCAGUGUGGUAACCUUGCUUGUGAAUAUCACUUUUAAAAAAAAAAAAAAUCUAUUAUUUAAAGGUUUAAAAGAAAAAUAAAAUAAUUAAAAAAAAAAAAAAUACAUGAGCGAGGCCAGCCAAGCAAACUGUAGCAAAUUAGCCCUGGUUUGGGGCUAAAAUGAUUUAAAAAAAAAAAAAAAAAAUCUUUGCAGAGCUCCCGGUUUUGGCGAGCGAGGGGGUGAGUGGGGCUUGGAGGAGCGUGGCUAAUUUGCUGCAGGGCCUUCGGCUCCUCGUGUGUUCCUGUAGUACCGUGCUUCUGUGGAGACUGUGAAUAAGUGGAUAUUCCUGUAGCGAUGACAGACCCGGAGGUCUUGCUGCCCUCUAUUUAUUUUUCUUGGAGCGCUGUGUCUUUAUUUUACAGAUUUCCCCCCCUCCCAAGGGCGACCCUGUUUCCCUCCCUUCCCCUUUCCUAUUUUUUGUGAAGUUUACUUAUGGAAGUUACACUGUACUGUACAAAUGUCAAAAGUGUCAAAAAAAAAAAAAUACAAUUUCCUAAAAAUCACGGUAUAUUAAAGAAAUGUUGUGAAGAAAUAAA